UAACCUGUAAUCCAAACAUUACAGCAGACACAAUAAUUUACCUUUAUAAUGACUGAACGUGUAAAUGUUUUUUUAGGCUAUUAGCUUAAGUGCAAAUGGCACGUGAAUAUUACUUUAAUAGGCUAAUCACCAAAAACAACAUUUUUAAACCUGUAGCCACACCAUACUGCUAACCUUCUUAACUUUUCACACCACUGCUGAGAACAGUUUGACAUGUUAUCUUUGUAUUCAGCCUGAAUUUAGCUCUAUUUUCUCCAAACUCGAGGUGAUUUUAGAGCUUAAUGAAUUUGGUGCUAAACUCGCCACGCUCUUGUGAGUGUGUAUUAGCGUGUGUAGCUAAAACAGUCUACAAUUCGCUUUAAAUCUACGUGAAAUGGUUAAAACUGCAGGUUGUAACUGGAGUGUUAGUAGUUGAUCUGCCUGAGCCUUUAUGACAAAUCACCCGUAAUCCCUUUAAAACCCCGUCUCAGAGACUGGAAGCGAAAGUAGCUGAUGCUCGCAGUUAAAAGCGCUCGCGCUUUUCCGCCCUUCCUUCAUUCCGCACAGAGCUUGUCAAGACGCAACAUGGACACGACGUGGUUCAGGGGAUCAGCACUUUUUCCACCAAGAGAGCAACCAAAGAGCUUCAGCAUUGACUGGAUCCUCUCUUCCGGACCCCGAAAGCCAGCUCUGGACAGUCACACUGCUUAUACACAACCUAAAGUGAUCAUGCGCGGAGCUUUAUUUCCAGCCUUAACAAACAGGCCUUUUGUUGCUGCCUUGGGAUCCGCGUGCGUUUACGCUCCGCAGUUUUACCAUCGUCAGAAUGCGGCAUACAGAAACAUUGAGACACGGCUUCAUGAUGGGAACCCGUCGCUCGGUUUAACAUGUAGUGGUGAUUUUGGGCUGAAGACGUGUCGGAGGAUCCGCACGGUUUUUAGCGCGGAGCAGCUGCAAAAGCUGGAGGAGGUUUUCUCUAAGCAGCGCUACAUGACAGGCUCGGAGAAAGUGCUGCUCGCCUCGGCGCUGCGUCUCACCGAAACACAGGUCAAAGUGUGGUUUCAGAACAGGAGGACCAAAUGGAGGAAGAGCAGAGAGGGCGAGGAACGACCCAACGACCAGGGCACUGACUUCAAGCAGGAAACAUCCAUGAGACAAGCCGGAGAGCUCAGAUCUGUGGACAGAGAAGAAGCUCCUGAAACGUGAACACGGCAAGCACCAAGUCCAAGUCACACACACAGAGCACUCAGUCUCUCAGCAUUCUUGUUAAACAAGAAAUUAAGGCAUCCUGUCACUAUGUGGCUUUAUGGCUAUUAAUAUUUUUCUUUCAUAAUUAAAAAAAAAUACUGUGUAUAGCGUUUUUUCUUUUAUGCAUUGUGUGAUGAGGUGUGAACUUUUUCUCAUUAAAAUUAAUGCUGUUUAGGCCUAGGUAUGAUUUUCAUUGAUUGUUUGAUUUUGAAUUUUGUUUUAUUAUUACAAUGUUUGUGAUGGUUUAUUUCAUUAUUACCAUUUUAGUGAUAUUUUCCUGAAUGAUUCUGAGCCUUUUUUUUGUGUUCCUUGAGACUAAAUAAAUCUAUUAUUAUCAUUAUUAUUAUUAUUAUUAUUAUUAUCAGCAGCAGCAGCAGUAGUAGCAGUAGUAGUAUCUGCACUAGAAUAACUUAAUGGACCAUUACAUGAAUAACUAAAUGAGGUUGCCUUGGCUAAAAUAUAGAUCAGUUAUUUAAAAUAAUAAUUUUUAUAAAACAUAACAGUAAAAUAGCCAUUUAAAAUAACCUAUAAUUGGUUCUUAAGUUGUUUAUCAUAGGACAGCAUGGGCUCCACGAGAUGCAUGUACUCAUUAAAAGUGAACAGCUGUAUUAAAAAUUUAGCAUUUUUACUGUGUUAGAUUUUGUAGCUUAAGCUGCCGAUGCACACUGAAGUCUAGGCCUACAGGCGAUCUGCUGUAGUCUACAGAUGAAAUAAAAGUAGCUGAGGAGCUGCUCCGACUGGCACAUCACACACCAGAGGGCAGUGUGUAUAAGCAAGAAACAGCUCUCAGUCUCAGCACCCAGAUUCCCACCAUCAGAUCCGAUCAACUGUGAGGAAAUAAUGCGAUUCUUUAAAUAAGAUUUGCAGGCUGUGGCAGGGAUUCAUAGGAAUGUGGUGUACAUUAAAUUAAACCAGCAAUUAAGCUUUUAAAAAGGAUCCAACAAUUAACAUGUUCUCAUGCUUGUGGGUUUUUUUUUUGUUUUGUUUUUUUUUGUUAAAUGCAUUUUUAGCAAUUCAAAAAAAAAAACAAAAAAAAAAUUAACCCCUGAAAUUAUACAUCAGUAAUUAUUAUGUCUUUCUGUCAUUCAUCUUCCACAACUGCUAAGUGUUUCUAUCAAGACCAAAGAGGAUCAUCUUUCCCAGGCUUUUCAGUGUCACGCACCAGGCCUGAGAUCCCUCAGCUCUGCAGACUCGGAUUCAAGCCUAGUCGCUGAAAUGAGGUUUAUGAAUUGAUUUAUGAUGCAUUUAAUUUUAGAGCCGAAAAUGUUACAAAUAAUAAUAAUAAUUUAAAAACAGUACUAAUGCAAUAAAACUUUGAAUAUUAAAUAUGAUGAAAA